ACAAGUACCACCCUGAGUACUACCAGCUGCAGGGUACUGCGUGUGUGUGUGUGUAUAUGUACACACAUACUGUGUAGUUAUAUGUGCAAAGAGCUUAAGUUGAACGAAUCCUUUUGAUGACUUUAGUGCUUUGCAGGAAAUGCACGUGUCGCACAUUCGGCUUCAGGAGUUCGCGAUGCCGACAUGGGGCUGCAGCGUGCGCGCGCGCCUCGGAUUAUUUUUCAUCUGACGUGUUCACGGUCACGCGCGAGGCUCGCGGGUCCACAGCAGCAGCAGCGAGGUGAAACGGGUCAGAGUUUAUCAGCCGCGUGGGAGAGGCAGAGGAAAUGGAGCACGUAUCGACGCGUGUGCACGUGGUGUUGAUGGAGGGUCUGGGGUCCCAGAGGACCCACCUAUAGGAGCAGCCUCCUGGGUCUCAGAGGACCCACCUAUAGGAGCAGCCUCCUGGGGCCUGAGAGCCUCCUCCUGCCUCUUGUGCUGCUCAUCUUGCGCCGCCUGCACCGGGAAGCCGCAGUUCUCCGGGAGCGCAGCGCCAAUCGAAGCCGUUCUUCCUCUCAUCAUCAACGGGGGAAAAGAGGGGAAUAAGAACAGUUUGCGCCACCGUUUGCACCACUUUCCCACCCAUGGGACCCGACGACUGAAGGCAGCCUGCUACAUCUCCUCACCCCGGACCCGCAGCCAUGGACCGGUGCGCAUCGCGCUCGGAGCGCCUGCGCUUCUCUGGAUAUUUGCGCAUGUACGCGUUGCUGUGGAUCGUGCACGCAGGAGCGCUCGCGCAACACGCUCCGGAGUGUUACCCGGGAGGCCACCGCACGUUGCGUAAUCCCUAUCGCAGCGUGGACUUCGACUCCACGGAGAUCCAGGACACGGCGAUCCAGGACCUGAUCUGUGACCACUCGCUGUCGCCGGGCUGGUACAGGUUCAGGAUCAACAACAAGCCGGCGGAGAUGCCGACCGCCUGCGUCGAGAUGAACCGCUGUGGUACACAAGCUCCGGUGUGGCUCUCCCUGAAGGACAACCCCCUGCCGCGGCCCGGCGAGGUCCGCCAGCUCUCCGCCUGCGCCACCUGGCAGUUCUUCCACGGCAGCACCAAGGACUGCUGUCUCUUCCGGAUCCCCGUCACGGUGCGGAACUGCGGCGACUUCCUGGUCUACCGGCUGCAGCCCACCCAGGGGUGCAUGGGAUACUGCGCCAAAGUUACUCCAGAUUCGGGACCCAGACUCUGCCCGCCAGGUGAGGUAGAAGUCAACGGCCAAUGUAAAGCCGCCGUCCCGACCCUGCCGGCCCGGCCCGUCAUCACCCCGGAGCUCGUCGGCCACGGCGUCCACCUGAGGUGCUCCUUCACCCCGCCGCCCUGGAACCAGCCGCUGGGCUUCCGGGUCGUCUGGGCCCGACACAUCGGCCACAGCAUGAAGGCCGAGAUCAGGCAGGAAUCCACCCCGAAGCCCUUCUCUCUGAUGGAGAUGGAUGGCGUCCACUUCAGGCUCGGGGAAACGUUCUCCUGCAGCGUGUCGACCUUCAGAACCAACUCCAGCCACACCAGAUCUCCUCCCAAAGAAAGUGAGGGCUUCUACGCCGGACUGAAGUUCUCUCCAGAUGCGCUCGACAUAGCGGAGAACGGCAAAGAGCACCAGGUGACCGUGCACAGCACGGUGCCCGUCCCCUGCCACGGCGCCGACCACGCUCGCCAGUGUGGAGUCCUCCUGGCUCUGAGCGUCCACGACCCAGACGGCGUCGAGCACGAGGCCCCGAAUGUGGCGCUGUCCGCCUGCCGGGUGGAGCUCCAGCCCGCCGCCUGCGGCCGAGGUGGCGGCGGCGGCUGCGGCCGGGCGACGCUGAUCGUCACCGCCGUCACCGAUUUCACGCGGGACGGGAAUCGCCCGAGUCUGAUCGGAGUCUCGCCCGGACCCGGCGCACCACGACUCUGGAGGAGCUACGUCCCGACGCCUCUGAAAGUCACGGUCCAGGACGUUCCCACCUCCAUCUGCUACUCUCUGACUGACCCGCAUGUCAUCACUCUGGACGGCAGGCGCUACGAAAACCACCAGACCGGCACCUUCGUCCUCCACCGGAGCCUCGCCAGGGAGUUCGAGGUCCACUCCCGGCAGUGGGACUGCGGCAGCCGGCACUACGCCGUGGCCUGUAACUGCGGCGUGGCGGCGCGAGAGGGGAACGACGUCGCCGUGUUGGACAUGUGCGAUGGCCAGCCGCGGGAGACGAGGCCUCGGCUCACCCUCAAGAACCUCGGCGGCGGGGAAGGCAGUCGGGUCAGGGUGCUGGAGUCCCACCAGGGCAAGAAGGUCACCUUCAUCUUUCCCUCCGGGGCCUUUGUUAGGGCCGACGUUGGCGAUUGGGGGAUGAGCCUGUCCGUACGCGUGCCCAGCGUCGACUACGGCGGCACGCGAGGCCUCUGCGGCACCUUCGACCGCAACGCCAACAACGACUUCCACGGCCCCGACGGGGGCUCCUACGGCCCCGAGGACCUGCACCGCUUCAUCGAGGACUGGAGGAUUGAUCCCGGUGAGAGUUUGUUUGACAGGACACCUCCCGGCACGGUCCAGGAGGUCAGGAGGCCCUUCUGUCAGUGCCAGAAAGGAUACAGCACUUCUCCACACGCCGGCCGAGGCAUGAGGAACCUCUACAACCCGUCCGCCCACUCCGAUUGCAUGGCACACGAUGACGUGGAUCACACGUCGGUGUUUCCCUCGAUGGACACGACCGUGGAGUACGCUGCUCGUGCAGAGCGAGAGGAAAGCAUCCUGGAUGUGUCCGUCUUUCUCGCUCACCCUCUGGAGAGGAGGCACCUUCGGGUUCACGGCGAGCACCGUGACAACGGUGAUCUCGAGCUGGACGGCGAGUUCAGGGAGGAUCUUCUGCUUUCCGCUGGCCGGCCCAGGAGACAGGCGUCCUUUGAAUUCCAGCCCGUCUUCACCGCUCAUAGCCUCAGCCAGGAGGAUCUGGACAGCUUGGCCUACUUCUUCCCAGAGGAUCACCUGGCGGAAGCCCGACCGGAGGCGCAACCUCAGUGGCCGACGCCGAGCGGCCUGACCUCGGCCAAGGCUCUCGAGGUGUGCCAGGUGGCUCUGGCCAACUCCACCGUUGGCGCAGUGUGCCACGGGCUGCUGGGACGCCGCCUGGAAGAGGCGGUGGAUCUCUGCAUCCUGGACCUGCAGCUCAAAGACGACCUGGGCUGGGAGGAGGCCCUGCUGCCCUACCUGGAGAAUGAGUGCGAGAGGAGGCUGUUGGAAAACCGGACCCGGAGAGCCAUGGAGGUGGCCGGUCCGCCGGGAUCGUCCAGGGAGGUGGUGACGGCGCUGCGCUGCCCCAACUUCUGCAACGGGAACGGAGAGUGUACCGAGUGGGGCUGCCAAUGCUACCCCAGCCACAGCUUCUACGACUGCAGCCUGGCCAUCAGCCAGCCAGUGGAGCUCACGGACUUGGAGAACGGUGGACUGUGUGACAUCCGAGCCUUCAACUGUCGCAGCGUUCGCGUCUUCGGCCUCGGCUUCAUCGACUCCCCCGACCUCAGCUGCCACGCCAACAGACUGAAGUACAUGAACGGCGGUUGGGUCCAAGGGGAGAAGCAGAGGACCAAAGCCACCUUCCUCAGCUCCAAGGCUCUGGACUGUGCCGUUCCAUCUCUGAGCAACGCGGCCAUCAACACAGAAGACUUCAUGAUGGACGACAAACCAUACGCACGCUGGGAGAUUAAAGUCACCAAUGACGGGUCCCAGUACAGCCAGGCCAAGGUGCUGACCAUCUACGAUGGCGUGUGCCAGGUGUGCGAGGCGUCGCGCUCAGGACUCUGUAAGUUAAAGGAGAGGACGUGUAACAUCGACGGGAUGUGUUUUGCAGAGGGAGUCUCCAGCCCCAGCAGCCCCUGCCUCCUCUGCGACCCGGAAGCCUCCAAAUUCAGCUGGUCUGUGAAUCAAGUCAACGAGCCGCCGGCCUUCCACCGGCCUCAAAGCGCCCUGCGGACGUUCGCCGGGGAGAACUUCGUCUUCCAGUUCGCGGCGUCGGACCCCGAAGGCUCGGCCCUCCUCUUCCAGCUGGAGGAAGGGCCCAAGGGCGCCGUCCUCUCCCCCGCCGGCCUCCUCAUCUGGAGGGUCCCGUCGCACCCCGAGGAGGAGGAGGAGGAGGGACGCCGGACGGUCGGCUUCACGCUGUCGGACGAGUGCGACGCCCAGAGCUCCUUCACCGCGGAGAUCCAGGUGGUCCCGUGUGGGUGUCAGAACGGAGGCACGUGUGUGACCGACGUCCACUUCCCCGCUGGCAGCGGGAAGCACCUGUGUGUGUGUCCCGAGGGCAAGCAGGGCGACCUCUGCGACCUGGAGGUGGACGAGUGUCGGUCGGCGCCGUGCGCGGUCGGCGAGUGCAUCGACACGGGCGGCGGGUUCAGAUGCGAGUGUCCUGCGGGGUUGAAGGGUGUCACGUGCCUUGAAGACGUCAACGAGUGUGAGAGGACGCCGUGUUUCCCAGGAGUCCGGUGCUUUAACAGCUACGCCACCUAUGGCUGCGGCCAGUGCCCCAAAGGCAUGCUGGGAAAUGGGACGAUAUGCACAGCAGUCGUCCCCGUCUCUUCCACGUCUGUUCCUCGUACGACGGCCUACAGGACACCAGAUGUUCUGCUGCAACCACCUGAAAUAAAGACGGACCCUUUCCAGAAGACCUCAAGUGGUGACCCGAGGACCGACCCAAACCGGUCCCAAGCCAAGACCACCUACUGGAGACGGAUUCCAGGGGUCACGAAGGCGGAAGCUGACAAGAGCAUCGCAGCAGGCACACCAAUCGUUUCCCAAAUGAAGACCGAUGCUUUGAGAAGAAGCCAAGGGAUCAAACUAAAUCCAUCCGCGACCAACAUGGACACUUUCCAGAACAGCUCUGGGAUCAGCAACGCUAUUGCAAACACAUCCAACGUGGCCCGACCUUCAGGAAGUGGCCGACCAGCAUCAGGAUCUGGUCCGUCUCCGGCUGUGAAUGCGUCGGCGACGUGUGCCAGCAGGCCCUGCUUCCCCGGGGUUCAAUGCAUCAACCGCCGGCCGCCACACGUGGGCUACGUCUGCGGACGCUGCCCGCCCGGCCUCUACGGCAACGGACGCGUCUGCAUGAAGAACGCCAAGGAAGCAUCCAAUCACCUUCCUCAGCAGCAGUCCUUUGGCAAGACCAUCCGAUCCAGCAGAGUCUCUCAGCUCCACUUGCCCCACCUGCCCAGCAGGCACGGCAUCAAACACCUGUCCUGGCCCAUCACCGGAGCGCACCGAGACCAUGCCCAGGUUUCCACAUCAGGGAGGGGCGGCGGCACCGGGAGGAGAGAGGCCGUCAUCGCCGCCUCCAAAGAUGUCCCCAGUACGUCCGUCAGUGCCCUCCGGGUCACCGCGAACACCCAUGGCCACCGCCACAGUACCAGCCUCAGAUGGGACGCCAGGACGCACGGCAGAUCCAGCACGACCAUCUCCAGGGAUUUCACGGUUCCCCAUGUGACGUCCUCCGAGUCCGAAGCAGCAACGCCGGCCGCUCCUCACCUAUCCACCCAGUCUGGCAAAGUGACCCAGACCAAACAGACAACCUGGCCCACGCUCAACCACCCGGCAUCCACCCGCGCCAAACCCUGGACCCCUCCGAGACCCGCCUUCCCUCUCACGGCGGCCCUCACCGCGGUGUCGUACUCGCCGUCCGAGUCCGAGUUCUCUGCAGAUGGAGAUGGAGAACCGGAGGCGGUCCCGGCAUCGACCUUCACAACGCCAAGCAAGAUGGCGUACGGCUCCCCGCUACAAAGAACUACCGGCACCGCGACCUGCGCCGACCGGCCGUGUUUUCCCGGUGUCCCGUGUGAACCAGCCACGGACCGGGGCUUCCACUGCGGCCGGUGUCCCGUAGGAUACACCGGAGACGGACGGGCCUGCAGAGCUGUCUGCAGGUAUGUGUGCGGUCGGAACAUGGAGUGUGCCGCGCCCAACACUUGCCGCUGCAAACCGGGCUACACGGGGUCCGACUGUCAGAUAGCCGUCUGUAAGCCGGACUGCGUGAACGGGGGCGAGUGCGUCGCUCCGGGUGUGUGUCGCUGCCUCGGAGGGUUUCAUGGAGACACCUGUCAGGAAGCUCUGUGCAGGUCACCAUGUGAAAACGGGGGCGCCUGUGUGGGUCUGCAGACUUGUUCGUGUCCUUACGGGUUCGUUGGCCCUCGGUGUGAGACCAUGGUGUGCAACCGUCACUGUCACAACGGAGGCCAGUGUGCGUCUCCGGACGAGUGCACAUGUCUGACCGGCUGGAGCGGACCGUCCUGUGAGACAGCUCUCUGCUCUCCCGUGUGCCUCAACGGGGGUUCGUGUGCUCGGCCGAACAUCUGCGAGUGCCCUCGCGGUUUCUACGGCGCGCGGUGUCAGAACGCCGUCUGCAGCCCUCCCUGUAAGAACGGCGGUCUGUGCAUCAGGACCGGCAUCUGCUCCUGUCUGCAGGGAUACACCGGGAGGCGGUGCGAGAGAAGUGUGUGUGAGCCCAUGUGUAUGAACGGCGGCAGGUGUGUCGGCCCGGACGUGUGCGAUUGUCCGUCGGGUUGGCGAGGAAAGAGAUGCGAUACACCCAGCUGCCUGCAGAAGUGCCUGAACGGAGGGGAGUGCGUGGGAGCCGACGCCUGCCGCUGCACGCCGGGGUGGCACGGCCUGCUGUGCCAGAUCCCUCACUGUGAACACACGUGUCUCCACGGCAGCCGAUGCGUCCGGCCCAACGUCUGCGCCUGUCGGAGCGGAUCUCUUUGCUCCAGAAGGCUCCCUAUUGGCCGAGGUUGAGACCCAGUGACAACCAGACAGACACCAAACAGCUGGAGGAAAACGUCCAGGUGGAACGAGCCGUCGGAGGAGAAGUGUGCCAACAAAGCAGUCAAGUUCCAUCUCUAUGCACUCAAAAGAUUUAGGUUUUUACAGCUUGAAAGCUUGCAAAACUAAUAUUUAGAAGCAGUUACACAACUGGAUGAACAAUUGUUUUGAUCUUUGCGUCUCCAGCAAUCUGCCUCCUUGAGCUCCAACGUCUAGGCUAACAGUUUCCCCCCGCUUCCAGUCUUUGUGCUAAGCUAGGCUAACGAGCCACUGGGGAGUUCAGAUUCUGCAGACGGGGGAAUCAUUUCACAACAUUAUAAAAGUCUGCAACACUAUACUUCUUAUUUUAUUGUAUAUGAAAAAACAUAACGUUAUCGAUCAGGUCGUUACAAGCAGCUAUUUUCAUUUAAAAGUUUGGGGGACGUUUUUUUAACGACACAAAGCCCCAAAACCUCUGUAUGAGUAUUUAUUUAUUUGGUUGUUUUAUAUUAUAUUUCUUGGUGUAUAUAUCUUAAUCACUGUAUUAUCUGUUAUUUUCUCAUUAAGGCAUUGUUUAUUGGUUGUUUUGUAAAAAAAAUUCUAAAAUAAUAAAUAUCCUUUAAAGGUU